AUGGUGAAGCAUUUCUAUACACUUUGCAAUAUUUCUUUAUCCUUAUAUUCCCUAUAUACUCCAGGACGGCAGCUGGUUGACCCUCCUGGAAUUCGUUUGAGCUGUGAGAACUCCUGUCUGCCACAUCGCUGUCAAUGGAGAACAAAUGUGUGGCAUGGUCUUUACGAAUCAGACGUCUCCUUCCAAAAUGCGAAAAGGGGGAAAUACGGCUCUGUGGAAUUUAGAUAUCCACCAAGCAGUGACACCCCUGAGAAGACAAUCCAGUGUGGCGCAAAUGAACUCAACAUUGCCGGAGAUCUUGGUUCCUCAAUGGAAACCCAGCCGGAUGCCAAUCCAGGCUUCGUUGUUGAUGAAGACAUUUGCAAGAGAGCCCACAAAAAAGACAGUUACUGGACUCGAUGGGACUUUGAUCUUGAAUUGAUACUCUGCCCACCUCUGCCCACUGCGUUAUCGAAUAGCUUGGCUGGCAGCUUUGCUGCGAAAAUUCCGAAGCUGAUGCUUAUAACGCGUGCAGUUGCGAACCCAUCACGCCAGAAUUUCCUGCUUUUCCUCCUUAUUGCAAAAGCUGUCAAUCAACAUGACUCAUGGUUUGACAACGAGCUGUAUCAGCGUGAAAACGAGACCGAGGCCUGUCAAUACCUCGGAAUCGACAACCCCGACAGGCAGAAAGUACGAUGCAUGCAUCAUUGUCGCCUGCACUUUUGGCAGCCUGUUGCUAUUCAUGCGAUGUGCCAGUUUGCCAAUGACCUCCUUCUCUCUGGGUGCCUCCUGGCGGACGGUGUCGGUCUUGGGAAAACAUGGACAACCAUUGCAUUUCUCUUAACUGUACUCUAUGUUCAAGCUCAGCGAAUCCUGGACCUCACGAAUCUACGCGAAACCAUUCCUCCAACAAUGGCAGGAUCCUGA